UAGAAUUUUAGAACACAACACAGUUUCAACUUUCAAGUCUAGCAGUCAUAGAGACUAUCACCGCUCGCCUAUACUGUACUGUACAUAUUGAGAUUGAGCUUUCUCUUCAGCUAUGGCUUCAAUGGCGAAAGCAGGCGCCCUUUCUCCCAUUCACUCCCAUCUGAAACGCCUUCCUCUCGUAGACUCCACCUCGAUCCGCACAACCCUCAAACAUACUCACUUAUCUCCACCUAAUCUCACUCUAACACCUUCAAGAAAUGCUUUUGUUGUUCCUGUCGUUAGAGCCCAAAGCUCUCCUGAUUAUAUUCCAGAUUCCCAGUUUUACAAAGUGGAAGCGAUUUUGAGGCCAUGGCGAGUAGAAAACGUUUCUUCGGCACUGCUAAAAAUGGGGAUUCGUGGUGUUACGGUUUCUGAUGUUCGUGGCUUUGGUUCUCAAGGUGGUUCAACAGAGAGGCAGGGUGGUUCUGAAUUUUCUGAAGAUACUUUCAUUGCUAAAGUUAAAAUGGAGAUUGUGGUGAGGAAAGAUCAGGUUGAAGCAGUAGUUGACAAGAUUAUUGAGGAGGCCAGGACUGGAGAGAUUGGUGAUGGGAAAAUAUUCUUGAUACCCGUGGCAGAUAUAAUUAGAGUUCGCACAGGCGAGCGCGGGGAGAAGGCAGAGAGGAUGACCGGGGGCCAUUCUGACAUGUCCGGUGCUGCAUGAUUGUUGCAAGAUUAGCAUCUAACUCUCUGCUAUGAUCAACCACCCUUCACUGCAUUUCUCCAUUUAUCCUUUAAGAGCGUAGAGUAAUUAGAUGGUUUUAAUCUCCAAAAUGGUGUGAGAUGAAGUAGAGAAUAAAAUAAGAUAAUGAGAUGUAACUUCUCAUUUUGUAGAAUCAUUAAAGUGAUCCGUGAGCUAUAGCUUAUUUUGUUGGAACAGAAGUAAAGAGGAAUCUUCACUGUUAUGUAGAACAAAAACAAUUACUAUAUUUAUUUUUGACCUGUUGAAAAGGAAUAAAAUUUUAGAGGUUUUUUUUUUA